AUUCAUUCCUCUACUUAUACAUAACACAUCAGUUCUCUCUCUUCCCACGAAUGAAUUAUAAGUUUCCUUUCAAUUUACUUCAAACGAUCGCAUCUUACAUCAAAACCUAGCGAUUAUCCAUUUCUUACCUAUUCCUGACUCUUUCUUAUUGUAAGGUCCUAUUGCAUCAACAUUCACCCACAAUGAGCGGUGUUCCAGGUAAAAGACCGCACGAGGACGUUGGCGGCGGCGGAGGUGGAAGUAAUUCUUCGGGUUCUUCCAAGUACCCCCAUGAUGAUUCCGCCGCUGGGUAUCCUAAUAUUGGUCCAAAGCUUCAACCUUCCGCAGGUUCGAGUGAGUAUAUUCAUCAUCAUACUAAUUCUCACUCUCAUCCUCAGCCUAUGGAUCAUACUCCCUCUCCGGAUCCUAGGGUUCUUCCGAAGAUUCCGCGUUCUGAAUCGGCUGAUAAGAGGCAAACGUUGUUUCAGGGUUAUCCUAGAUUAUCCUCAUCUACCAAUGACUAUCAACAUCCUGACCACCCAGUGGCUGCUUUUGGUGAGAAUAAUAAGUUAGACUCGAGGGAAAACAUUUAUAACAGGGACCCAAAGAGUGAGAACCGUGAAUCUGGGAGGGAGAUUCGUGGAGAUGAUGGUAAAGACUUGAAAUUUGAGAGGGAACCCUACCAGUCUGAACAACAUAAGGGUGAAAAUGUGAAAUUGGAUAAGGAAGGUUUUGGCUCAGGUGGUAAUCACUUGCAUUUGAAAGAAUCUAAAGAGCACCAUAGAAUAAAGAGAUAUGCGGAUACCCCUAGUGUUAAUGCUGAGAUGUGGAAUGCUUCACGUAGUAAUAUGCAUGGACCAGUUGAAAGAGAUGUUGGUAAGGAUGCUUUAGCCGAACAGAGGAAUCCCACGGAAGUUCAUGAGGCGGUUGGGGAGAAUAAGGUGGACUUUAAAGGUGAAGAUAGGCUUAAAGAGAAAGAUAGGAAGAGGAAAGAAUUCAAACACCGUGAUUGGGGAGAAAGAGAUAGGGAUAGAAGCGAUCAUCGAAUCAAUUUGCAGAUAUCUAGUGGUGGCAGUGGUGAGACUAAAGAAUCAUUGAAAGAAGAUCGAGAAGGUGAAAAGUGGGAGCGGGAAAAGAAGGAUAGUGCUGCUAAAGAUAAGGAAAAGCUCAAAGAACGGGAGAAGGAUCAUCCCAUUAAGAGAGAAACAUCUAAUGGAGCUGAUAAAGAUGGUUUACAAAGUGAAAAGGAGUCUGUGGAUGCAGUUGGUAAACCACCUGAGGUUGAAAGUGCAGGAACAGACACCAAAAGACUGAGAGAACAUGAUAGUUGGAAAACUAAUGAAAAGGAAACCAGAGAGAGGAAAAAAGAAAGAGAAACUGAUCUGGAAGGAGAAAGACCUGAGAAACGUAGCAGGUACACUGAUAAAGAAUCAGAUGAUGGUUGUCCAGAUGCUGAAGCAGCAGGCAGUGAAAAAGAUAACCAUGGUGGUCAGCAACGUAGGCGCAUGCUUCGACCACGAGGCAGUCCUCAAGGUUCAAAUCGCGACCAACGCGUCUCAUCUAGAACACAAGAAAACGAUGGAUCUCAGGUUCUUUCUGCAGGUAAAUCUGAUGUAUCCAUUGUAACCUAUAGAGUUGGUGAGUGCAUGCAAGAGCUUCUAAAAUUGUGGAAGGAAUAUGAGGCAACUCAAGAUAAAUCUGGUGAAAAUUCUCAAAAUGGGCCAACCCUUGAAAUCCGCAUCCCAGCCGAACAUGUCAGUGCAACAAAUCGACAGGUUAGAGGUGGCCAGCUAUGGGGAACUGAUGUUUACACCAAUGACUCAGAUCUUGUUGCUGUUCUCAUGCACACUGGGUAUUGUCGACCAACUACCUCUGCUCCACCAUCGGCUGUUCAAGAGUUACGUGCUACUAUCAGGGUGUUACCUCCAAGAGACUGCUACAUUUCUACUUUGAGAAACAAUGUCCGAUCCCGCGCUUGGGGUGCUGGAAUUAGUUGCAGUUACAGGGUAGAGCUGUGUUGCAUUUUGAAGAGAGGAGGCGGCACAAUUGAGCUUGAGCCUUGUCUUACACAAACAUCAACGGUGGAACCAACUCUUGCUCCUGUUGCAGUUGAGCGCACAAUGACUACAAGGGCUGCAGCUUCUAAUGCUCUAAGGCAACAAAGAUUUGUACGGGAAGUCACGAUACAGUAUAAUUUGUGCAAUGAACCCUGGAUUAAAUAUAGUAUAAGUGUUGUUGCGGAUAAGGGCUUGAAGAAAGCACUGUAUACAUCUGCACGACUAAAGAAAGGAGAGGUUUUGUAUUUAGAAACUCAUACACGGAGGUAUGAGCUAUGUUUUAUGGGAGAAAAGACUGUCAAGUCCCAGACACACGAUUCAGAGCAAAAUCAUGGCGGCGUACACACAACAAAUGGUGAACGAGGAUCAGAUGGGGUGGACACUAUUUCCAUUGAUGUUUUUCGGUGGUCUCGUUGUAAGAGGCCCCUUCCACAGAAAGUCAUGCAAUCUCAUGGGAUCCCUUUACCUCUUGAACAUGUGGAAGUGUUGGAGGAGAAUCUUGACUGGGAGGACAUCCAAUGGUCACAAACUGGUGUGUUUUUGGCAGGAAAAGAGUAUCUUCUUGCUCGUGCACAUUUCAUAUCUCCUUGAGUGAAGCUUCAUCCAUGGCUUGUUCUAAGCAAACAUUAGAAACCAAGUUAAUUUUACAAUUGGAUAUUCUUAAGAUGUUAACAUAUCAAGGAUUAUUAAGUUAUUUUCAUUGUAGUUUACACCAUAGAUUUGAAAUCCUAUUUUGAUUGUAUUUAAUGAUGACAAAUCUCCUAAAUUUCCAUGCAUGUGAAUCUACUCUCA